UGUUCCCCGCGUCGCCUCUCCCUCCCGGCCCGGGUCUAAUGGAGGGCCCCGUAAGGAUUUGCCACCAGAAGAAUGCGUCUCGCUCCUGAUUCCGCCAACGGCUCGCAGCUUUUUUCGCCCCAGCGAGAGAGGUUUGCAGAACGUGUCGGACAACACGGCUGCUGACAGGGGUCGAAGUGCACCAUGGACAGUGGCCUAAGGGUCCUCCUGUCCACUGUGCUGUGUCUCAGCCAGUCUCUGCUCAUCAGCUGCUCAUCUCAGUACCCGUUCUUCAGCUCCGAACCCGCCUCCCUGGUUCAGAGUCGAGGCUCCGUAGCUCGCCUGCGCUGCUCAGUGAAUCCUCCGUCAGCCUCCGUGUCCUGGCGCUUCCGAGGUCGUCCCCUGGACCAGGACGCCCUGCCGGAUGUGGAGCUCAGCGGAGGCUCCCUCACCAUCUCCUCCCUUCAGCCAAGCCACGCUGGCGCCUAUCAGUGUGUGGCACGCUUCGACCACGGGCCGGCCAUCGCCAGUCGCCUGGCUCGUGUUGACAUAGCAGAAAUUUCCGAAUAUGAAGCCGGCAGACGACGGUCGUUGUCGGUGCAGGAAGGAAGCCCGGUCCUCAUAGAGUGUCCCCUGCCGCACAGCGUCCCUGCAGCACGACCCAGACUCCGAGUCCGAGGGGAGUGGAUGGAAGCUUCCACAGGUGAUUAUUUAGUUCUCCCGUCUGGAAACCUUCAGAUUGUCUCGGCCUCGGUCCAGAACCAGGGGAUGUACAAGUGUGGAGCGUUAAACCCGAUCACCGGAGAAACCGUCCUCCAGCCUCACGGUACCAAGUUAUCAGUGAAACAUUUAGACGCCCCCCCCUCCUCCUCCUCCUCCUCCUCCCCGGUGCGGAUAGCCUACCCCACCGCCCCCAUGACGGUUGAGGUGCUGCAGUCGCGGCCUCUGACGCUGGAGUGUGUCGUGGCUGGUCGUCCUGCACCGGCGGCCAAAUGGUUGAAGGACGGUAAGGAGGUGUCACCGGGGCCUCGUCGCCAGCAGCAGCACAACAACCUGGCGUUUGCGACGGUGACGAGGAGCGACGAAGGGCGGUACACCUGCGCGGCUGAGAGCGAGCAGGGGGGCGUGGUCAGCGCCAACUACACGGUGACCGUCCUCGAGCCGGUGUCUGUCCUCCAGGGUCUGACGGACCAGCUCGUCUCUCCCGGCUCCAGUGCUUACUUCACCUGCGCGGCGAAGGGAAGCCCCCCCCCCAACAUCACGUGGCUGUUCAACGCCGAUCCCAUCACGCCGUCACGCCGCUUUCAGAUCUCUGGAUCCUCAUUGGUUAUUACCGACGUGACACCACAGGAUGUAGGCGUUUACCAGUGUGUGUUGGACAACGGGAUCGGGUCGGCACAGUCACAGGGAAUGAUGACAACGCAGUCAGAUCCGCAGCCGGAGGUGUCGCCCUCCCUCCAUCCCAUGCAGAGCGACGAGGGCCGGGACGAGGACUCGGUCAACGCGCCGGCCGACCGGAGCAGCAGCGACCGUCCCACCCCAGACGCACCGAUCAUCACCAGCCCGCCGCAGACCCACAAGCCCGACAUCUACGACCUGGAGUGGAGGUCGGGGCGGGACGGAGGCAGUCCAAUCGUUGCCUAUUUUGUCAAAUACCGUAAAGUCGAUGAGAUGGGAACAGUGGUGGGGAGCUGGCAGACGGUUCGAGUCCCUGGCAGCGAGAAGACCCUGCGGCUGUCGGAGCUGGAGUCCACCAGUCUGUACGAGGUGCUGAUGGUGGCUCGGAGCACCGCGGGCGAGGGCCAGCCCGCCAUGCUCACCUUCCGCACGGGCAAAGAGAAAAGCACCACCGCCGUGAAGACCGCGUCCAAACCUCCCGUCGUCCUGAUGCCCCCCAAAGCCCCGGAGGACAAAACCCCCAACACGCACUUCGGAGUCAUCAUCCACGACAGAGUGCCCGAGGCCCCCGAUCGCCCGACCAUCUCAAUGGCGACUGAAAGUUCGGUGUAUGUCACAUGGGUCCCGAGGGCCAAUGGAGGCUCGCCAAUCACGGCCUUCCGUGUGGAAUACCGCCGCGGCCGCGUGGCAGAGUGGGUCGUGGCUGCCGAUAACAUCUCACCGCUCAAACUGUCCGUGGAAGUUCGCAACCUGGAGCCUGGCUCCAACUACAAGUUUCGGGUUGCGGCCAUGAACAUGUACGGCGAGAGCCCCCACAGCAUCCCCUCCAAGCCCUACCAGGUGCCCCAGGCCAGCCCGCGCAUCACGGACCGCCCCGUGGUCGGACCCCACAUCUCCUCCACGGACGCCAUCAGUGACACACAGAUCAUGCUGCGCUGGACUUAUAGUCCCACGAGUAACAACAACACUCCGAUCCAAGGUUUCUACAUCUACUACCGACCCACUGACAGCGACAACGACAGCGACUACAAAAGAGAUGUGGUGGAAGGUGUGAAACCCUGGCACAUGAUUGGUCACCUCCAGGCCGAGACCUCCUACGAUAUCAAGAUGCAGUGCUUCAACGACGGCGGGGAGAGCGAGUACAGCAACGUCAUGAUCUGCGAGACCAAAGCACGUCAGACCCCGGGCUCGCCCAGCCAGCACCCCGUCACCCCACCCGGGGCUCCUCCACAGGAGACGCCCAGCCCCCCCGGCGGCCUGCUGUACCUGAUUGUGGGCUGCGUCCUGGUGGUGAUGGUGCUCAUCCUGCUGGCUUUCAUCGCCAUGUGCCUGUGGAGGAACCGUCAGCAGAACAACAUGCACAAGUAUGACCCUCCUGGCUACCUGUACCAGCCAGCGGAGAUGAACGGCCACGUUCUCGAGUACACCACGCUGCCCGGCUCGAGCCGCAUCAAUGGCGGCGUCCACGGCGGCUACGGACACAACGGCCCCGUGAUGCCCCAGGGCUGCCACCACCUCCACCACAAACUCCCCAACGGCUUGGCGCUGCUCAACGGCUCCGGUGGCCUGUUCUCGCCCGGCCACCCACACGGCCACGAUGGCACGCUGCCCCACGGCACCAGAGACUGCGAGCUCUCGCACCCGCACCACCACCACAACGGCGGAGGAAUCUACACAGCUCUGCCCCAAUCGGAGUCGUCUGAUUGUAUGAGCUGUCAGAACCUCUGCAAUAACAACAGAUGUUACAACAAGACCAACGGCUCGUACUCCAGUGGCACGCUGCCUCUGAUGCACCGCGGGGCGCCGUGCCAGCAGGACGGGCUGGAGAUGGUGCCUCUGGGCCAGGUCUCCUCCCCGUGCCACGGCCCCGGCAGCCAGACGAGCUCCGGCGAGCAGGAGGCGGAGGACGAGCACCGGGGGGAGUCGCCCUCGCAGCGUUCCUGCUGUCUGAUCGGGAGCAAUGAAAACUGUCCGGCAGACAACACUGCGGAGGAGGAGCUGGAGUGCGAGGACCUGGACGGGCCGGUGCUGUGCUGGGAGAGUCUGGGCCUGCCGGACCUGGACUGUGACGAGAAGCCCGGGUGGAUCUCCAGCAGCAGCCUGGCAGGAGAGCUGAUCCAGCCGGGCCCACAGGAGGUCUGAACGCAGCCCACACACCAGUACACCCCCCACCCCCCCCCUCUGUGGUGGAACCAGACGGAAAGAGAGAAAGAGAAAGAGAGAGCUGUGGAAAUAUCCCAGUGCAGCGUGAGAGGACCAGCGUUGGGACAGUCAGCGACACUGUGUGUUACGGUGACAAGGACAGAAAACUGAUGACAGCGACUUUGGGGAAAAGAGACAAAGAGGACAAAAGAGGACGGACGGAGAAAAAAGACUGUGUCCCACCGGAGGGAAGAGACUCUCAUACAAGAUCCCCCCCCCCCACAAAAAAACUCUUUAGAUGACUUAUUUAUUUUUUUGUAGUAGAAAACUAUUAUUUCAUAUGAAUGUAUCUGUUUUAAAGAAAAAAAGUUUGUCUUUUAUAUUAUUUAUGCCAUGUGGAUGAGAAAUACUGUUUAUUUUUGUGGUUCUGUCGCCCGAGCGCGGCCGUUAGCAACUGUCCCUGUAAAAAGUUUUGUAAUAAUAUAAAGAGAAGAUAUGGAAGAGUAAAGCACGUCCUACUUUGAUGUCU